AGCCGAGCCGCGGAUCCCGCCGGGAGCGCGGGGAGCCGGACGCCCUCCAGCCCGAGCUCGGGGACCUGGCGUCUGCCCAGGGUCACCUCGUCACGGCGUGAGGGAUGGGGCAGCGUCCCGAUGCCCUGCUGGGCACAGGCGACAGGAAGGUGGCAUGACUCUCCACGCCGGGAAGGCGGUGACCAGGACAGAAGCAGUCGAGAGUGCUUCAGGUCUUUCGGAGCAUGAAGACUUUCAGAGCUUUGCGAACCUCUCAUCCUGAGCCGCGUUGAAUCUGCCCGGAAGAUGGCGGACCCUUGGCAGGAGUGCAUGGACUACGCAGUGGCCCUAGCCAGACAGGCUGGAGAGGUGGUUCGUGAAGCUCUUAAAAAUGAAAUGAAUGUUAUGAUUAAGAGUUCUCCAGCUGAUUUGGUAACCGCAACGGACCAAAAAGUUGAAAAAAUGCUUAUCUCUUUCAUAAAGGAAAAGUACCCAUCCCACAGUUUCAUUGGUGAGGAGUCCGUGGCAGCCGGGGAAAAAUGUGUCUUAACCGACAACCCCACGUGGAUCAUCGACCCUAUCGAUGGAACGACCAACUUUGUGCACAGAUUUCCUUUUGUUGCUGUGUCGAUUGGCUUCGUUGUAAAUAAAAAGAUGGAGUUCGGAGUUGUGUACAGCUGCGUGGAGGACAAGAUGUACACGGCCAGGAAGGGAAGAGGGGCUUUCUGUAACGGGCAGAAACUGCAGGUUUCACAGCAGGAAGAUAUUACCAAGUCCCUCUUGGUGACAGAGCUGGGCUCUUUAAGGACACCGGAGACGGUCAGAAUUAUUCUUUCUAACAUGGAAAAGCUUCUUUGCAUUCCCAUUCAUGGGAUCCGAGGCGUUGGAACCGCGGCGGUCAACAUGUGCCUGGUGGCCAGUGGGGCGGCAGACGCGUACUACGAAAUGGGCAUCCACUGCUGGGACAUGGCGGGAGCUGGCAUCAUUGUCACCGAAGCUGGCGGUGUGCUCAUGGACGCGACAGGUGGACCGUUUGAUUUGAUGUCACGAAGAAUAAUUGCCGCAGGCAGUAAAACCCUAGCAGAAAGGAUAGCCAAAGAAAUUCAGAUAGUACCUUUUCAAAGAGACGAUGACAAUUAAUCACGACAGGCCGGCUCGCAUAGGCAUCACAGAUUCGCUGACAUAUGAUGGCGUUCAGGAUGUAGGAUCCCCGUUUCGGUUGUAUAACGUGAUUGGUUUAAAUGGUCUUCGAUGUCCGGAUGAAAAAUUGCUACUUGUUCCAUAUUUUACUAAGACUAGUAUGCAAGAAUAGAUGAAAUGUUUGUUUCAUUGUUUGAAAAAAAUUUGUGCAUAAGAAUGUGCUUUGGGAAAAAUACACAGGCUAUUGAUGAGCUAGGAAUCACACAUCAACUGAAGUAAUCAACUAGCAAUUUAGAGUUUCUAAGUCUGUAUGAGCCUCUGAAAUUUUGACUAUGUCCCUAAGCAUUUUUAAUUAGAAAGUUCACUUUUUGGGAACAAAAUUUCUCUUUAGAUUCAAAAGCCAUAUUUAAUUGAAUGUGUAAGAAGUAUGGUGAAUUCUUACAGCAAGGUGUCUUUCUUUGCAAAGAACCUUGUUUUGUGCAUCUGUAUAUGUGUAGCACCCAGCACAGUACCUGACAAAUAGUUGGCCAUCCAAAACAGCAUCUAAAGAAUGGGUAUUUUGAAGGUAGCAAUUCCUCGUUAUAACAGAUACAUAAAGUAAUGAGCUCACCGUUCCGCAUUUUUUUCUUCAGGUUUUGAAGUAAAAAUUUCCUAGUCCUUUGAAUAGUUCACAUUACCAUUGCUUUUCACAUCUCAUCUCCAUAGCAUUUCAAUUACCAUGCUGCCAGAUGCAUUCGUUAUUGUGGGCAUAUCUGCAGUGAGCGUAUUUUCCAAGACGCUGCGUGACAGCAUUUGUUUGGAUGCCUCUCAAGUCCCAUGUUCAGACUGAUCUGAUUGAGCCCGGGAACCUUGAACUUGGCAGACAAAUUAUAUCGACAGUGGAACUGUUUCUUCUUUCUCAGAGUCCUCAUGUAACUCUGUUGCCACUGGUUUCUCUCAUCGGCCUUUAAAUACUCCUUAGUCUUUGGCUUACCAAACUCAAAAAGAAAAUCGUUCUGGUUCAUAGAGACUUGUAAAGGUUAAUUUAUUGUUUAGUCUUGUCCUUGGCAUGUGAAUAAACUACCAAGGUUUGUCACAGGCAUAUGUGACCCUUGUGUUUGAGGAAAGGAAACGCGCUUCUAUAAAGUCUUCAAGGAACGGAGUUGUCUUGUGUCCACCUAAUACAGUAAAUGUAUAUGAUUCUAAGCUCGGAGUAUUAUAAUUGUGUGUUUGUGCCCUUUGGUCGUGUGCAGUAAAAACAUCUCACUGUAUUAUUCUAAGGUUGUUUUGCAAUUCAAUUUAUUUUAAUUAAGAUUAUUAUGAAUAAAGUUUUAAAUAAAAAGUGUAA